AUGUUUAUUCUUUUUUCUUUUAACGUCUUAUUUCUUUCUUUGUUCAUUUCUUUUUUUUAUUUUCCUUUCUUCCUUUUUCAUCGGAUAUUUUCUUCCUUUUGUCUCCUUCGUUCUUUCCCAUCAACCAUUCUUUCUUUCUUUCUUUCUUUCUUUCUUUCUUUCUUUCUUUCUUUCUUUCUUUGCCUUUUGUUCAUUUCAUUCUAUCAUUCUUCUCAAAUCCAACCAAGCAUAUAUCAAUACUUCUUUCUAUGUGUUUUCUACAUUUUUCCUUUAAAUCUAUCCAUGUCGUGCACUAAAUAUCUUCUUUCUUUCUUUCUUUCUUUCUUUCUUUCUUUCUUUCUUUCUUUCUUUCUUUUGUUUGUCGCUCACUCUUAUUUCAGCUGGUUUUUGUUUCUUUCUUUUUUAAUUUGCCUCCACAAUAUUACUUCUUUCUUUCUUUCUUUCUUUCUUUCUUUCUUUCUUUCUUUCUUUCUUUCUUUCUUUCUUUCUUUUCAGUGGUUCUUAUAUCUUGUUUUUUUUUUACUUUUGCCACCACAAUAUUCUUUUCUUUCUUUUUUCUUUCUUUCUUUCUUUCUUUCUUUCUUUUCAAUGGUUCUUAUAUCUUGUUUUUUUUUUACUUUGCCACCAUGUAUUCUUUUUCUUUCUUUCUUUCUUUCUUUCUUUCUUUCUUUCUUUCUUUCUUUCUUUCUUUUCAAUGGUUCUUAUAUCUUGUUUUUUUUUUACUUUGCCACCACAAUAUUCUUUCUUUCUUUCUUUCUUUUCUUUCUUUCUUUCUUUCUUUCUUUCUUUCUUUUUUCUUUCUUUUAUAUGGUUCUUAUAUUUGUUUUUUUUAACUUUUCCACCACAAUAUUCUUUUUCUUUCUUUCUUUCUUUCUUUCUUUCUUUCUUUCUUUCUUUCUUUUCAAUGGUUCUUAUAUCUUGUUUUUUUAA